CUGUGUGUCACGCCAGUCAGUCACCGGAGCUUUUAAAAAACCCGUUCCGAUGCGCGGCUUUUAGAGUUUUUUUAUUUUUGUUUUUUUGCUCGAUUUUCACCCCGAGUUCGCAAAACCUGUCAACGCGUCAUGUGAGUUCGCGUGGUUCGUUAUCGGUAUUGCAUUUGAAAAUAAGAGUGCAAGUGGACAAAAAAGCACGAUGGACACAAAGUAUCCCGAGCCUUUGUCAAAUGUCUACAAAAGAGCCACGCGGAAAAAAAUGAGGGACGAUAGAGCUCGAUACAGGACUCAAGCAGUCACCUUUUCAGAAAUCAGGGAGGUCGACGAGGAGAACACCCAAGACUCGGGCGACCGCGAAACGAGCUCCGGUCUGCAGCGAAGCCGCUCGGACCCGAAGCUGGACCGACUGGACACGAAGGAGACCCUCCGGCUGAGUCGACUCGAAGAGACCCGGCUCAAGAACAAGAUCAUCACCGACCUCAUCAAGUCCGUCCACGGUCACCCUCCCGAAGGCUCGGCCCUUCAAGAUGAGGACCCUGCCCCCGAACCUGCGGGUACUUGAGGAUCGCCCGCCGGAAGGGGGUGCCAUGAAGAGAAGCUGUCAUGCCCUAAGCCACCACAAAGCAACGCACAGGACCUCUGAAAAAACUACAGUGAAAAAAGUUACGGGCUAUAUAGAUGUACCGUCCGUUCCGGGCUCGGAGGCCGGAAGUUGCGGGUGCUGAAGCCGUAGUUUCGAUUUCUCCGGGUGCUGAACCCGGAACUUCCGGCCUCUAAGCCCGGAACGUGGACGGUAUGUUUUUAUAGCCCGUAAGUACGGCUUCCACGGCCGGAGUUUUUUUUAUUGUGUGUAAGGAGAAAAAUUUUCUGUUGGAUUUACGGAAAUUCCAAUUAUAAAUUCCCAGAGGAUGCGAAGAGAGACACUAGCCUCUUGGCGACAGGUGGUAACUUUUACUUUCGGGGAUUCAACACUUCCUGAUGGACAAUAUGCCUGUUGCAAACUUCAGCUAGACCAAAGAUAAGAUUUAUAUCUGGCAGCGUAUGGCUCAAAAAUUACGAUGAACGCAUCGGGGCGGUCUCAAAUACACUUCUAACAUCACAAUCUGUGUAAAGAAUAUGCGUUUUUUUUAAGCUUCCUGCUUCCAAAACGAUACUAUGGUACAGGUGAACUCUUUGUAAGAGGAGUUGUUCCGUCCAACCUUUGCGCACCAGGAUGCUAUACAAUAUUCAACAUAACUGAUGCCAACCUGUCAAAAGGUACGUGAAAGACGGGACUUUAUCAACUGGCGGGUUUAUUUUUAAAUUUUUCCUUGAGUUGAUAAUGAUUAACGUCCUUCUUCACGAUUUGAGCGCGAAAGCUUCAGCCAUGUUGAAUAUUGUGUGACAUGUGCUGGUGUGAAAGGGCUGAAUGAGACGACUCCUCAUACGAAAUGCUCACCUAUGCCGAAAUGCUGUGAAUUUUUGAGGGAAUUUUUCUAAAAAUCUUUGAAUCCUCCAGAUCAUGCGAGAAAGACUUUUCUCAGUAAUUCGGUCGAACACAUUACGUUUUUUUAUAUUUUCAAUGAAUUUUCAAUUUUCUUUUAUAUGUGACAGUUGUGUCUGCAAUGUUUUCUACCGUUUCUUAGUUCACUUGAUCAUCAUAUAUAUUUACAUUAUCAACAUCUUAUUUUCACUCUUCCGAUUUUUAGGUAUCGUAAUUUGCAAGGUCAAUAAUAGAAAAUAUCGAAAGGACGUUUUUCUUUUGUCUUUGCUUGCUGCUAAAAAUCAGUGAAUUCUAAGUAAAAUAUUCAUUUGUCAGAAUGAAAUAUCUUUAGUAUUUGUAAAAAGUAAGACGUACUGUGUGUUGCCUAUGUGUCGUUUUUGUCUCUGAACAUGAAUGUUACAUUGAUGAAGUACAAUUAUGCCAUCAUCUUAAGUAUGGCCUGUGCUUUUGAUCACAAAUUUCACAAGGAAAUUGUGCGACGCAUUUAAGGUGGCGAAAAAUCAACAAUUUCAGAAGGAUCAUUGGUGUGGCAGUAACGAACCGUUCAGUCGCCAAAAUGAGAACAAACAAAUUGACGACAAGAAGUCUAACAAGGCGUUUGCAUGGAUCGUGCAUGAUGCGCCUUCCAUUUUUCCCGAGGCAAUAUGGACGACAACCAUACCAGGGUUAUAAAAUCGCAUCACGCUUUGAGAUAAUUGUAUUUCUGGCUUAUCUUUUUAAGCAUCAAUCUGAGUAGAGAAUCGAAUGACACGUGUAUAUUGUUUUCCUAAAGAGUAACGAAUUCCUUUUUGUAUAAUGAAUUUCAAUGUUAUAUUCAAGUUUCAAAAUGUAAUGUAACGCUGUCCAUGUCUUAUCCGGAUUGACGGGUCGUGUGUCUGAUGGUGCAUAUUGCGCCUUCAAUUUCAGCCGGCAGCAAUAUGGUCAACAUACGUGUUCAAAUAGUUGUCUCUAGAGCGCCGUGCAAGACGGUGCAUCUGUAUGGGAUUAAACAUUCUUGGUGAAUAGAAUGAAGGUGCAUCAGCCUAGAUCAUCAGCAUAACUCUUUGCGUUUCUGAAAAACUAAACUGCAUGAGAUUUCGCUCGUCAAAUGUUAAAGUAUAGCUUAUAACUGUGAUAUUAAUAAUAAAGACUUUAUCGCUUAAA